AUGGGGCUUUUGUUUCUUGGUUUUGUGUUCUGCCAACGCCACUCAACUCUGGUACUUAGUCCGAUGGGAUCUCCGCCGCAUUCUCAAUCAUCCAUGGGCCGCUACUCACGAGAAUCCUCCUCAACCCGAUUCUCCGGGUCUUUGAAACCCGGGUCUCGGAAAGUCAACGACGGCUCAAAGCGGAAAGGACACGGCGGAGAGAAGCAGUGGAAAGAGUGUGCGAUGAUCGAAGAAGAAGGGUUGUUAGAUGACGGCGAGAGAGAUCGUGGCAUGCCUCGUGGGUACUAUGUCUUGGCCUUCAUCGUUGGGUUCUUCAUACUCUUUGGUCUCUUCUCUUUGAUUCUGUACGGAGCUGCUAAACCUCAGAAACCGAAGAUAACUGUCAAGAGUAUAACAUUCGAGACGCUCAAGAUCCAAGCUGGUCAAGAUGCUGGUGGUGUAGGAACAGACAUGAUCACCAUGAACGCGACUCUGAGUGUUUCGAUUUAGGCAAACAUCGUUCUUAUUCAGGAACAUAUAUUACUUCUGUCAAGCACCAAGAGAGGACUACUUUCAGCGAGCCAAGCCUUACAAAGAUCAUCCUACCACUGCAAGGUAUCCUCUUUUUCAUAUUGGUGCACCUUUGAUACUUAGAUUGUGGUUUUUUGUACUUUCAUCAACACGGGAGAUGUCAUCUGGAGAUGUUUCCGUUAUAUAGUUGUGCUUGAAUGGUUGGAUAUGGGUUACUAACACAUGAUGCAGAAGCUGGCCAAGGAUCUGAGUGUAGUGAUGCCGGUUAGCUUUUUUUGAGUAGGCAAAUUAACGCACUUACAACUCUAUUGACAUUAUUGACUCUGAUGGAACUAACCUCGGGAUUUAUAGGAAGUCGCAUACCCCUGAUGGACCAGGUGAAUCAAGUUUGGGGUUAGAAACCCCUCGACUUUCUUUUGAUGAUAUAUUUUCUAUUCUUUAGGUUAAGAGAAAUAUUUUUUCAAUCAUGGUGACACUGGCUUUAAAGUAGUUUCUGAGUAGAAGAAUCUCCGAAUUAAACAUUUUCUUACUUUAUCAUUGCUAUUUGGUUAACAUGUAUAAGCGAAAUUUUCUUGCUUAGCUUUUUCGUGUGAUUUAUAAGUAGACAAAAUCAUAACUGAAGUAUUGGUGCAAUGUUUUAUUCAGCUAUAUGUUGGGAUCAAUGGUUUCCCGAGGCAGCUAUACUGUUUUAUCCCACUGCCAUUGGCUCUGAACCUCAAGACCAGGGAUUGGAUUCGGGGUGAUCAUUGGAGGAGCCUUUCCUGCUAGAGCUAAUGUAGUGAGCUAUUAGGUCUCAUCACUGUCCAUUUUCAAAGUCUAUCUUGACACGAUGUGCAUCUGCCGUUGAACUGAACAGUCCUUUUUUCAACAACAAAUCGAUUUUUCUGCAAUGAUCAACAAUGGAACCGACGGAGCAAUCGGUUUCAAGAAUUUGUGAGCGAAAUAUAUUUUGCAUGCACACGUCGAUUAUGUUUACAACGUGAUGGACUUUGCAAUUGGGCAACGUCUUUAGGUUUUCAGAGAACAGACACAUGUGAUUAUAAAUUCAAAUUAGUAUGUUUUCGUAGUUGGCAUUUUCUGUGAUUACUACAUCGUCCAAAUUUCUUAUAGAUUUCUUUUUGUAAACCUGAAAUAUACAAAUACUAAGAUAUAUAUUCUUUUUUCUUUAGCACUUAAUUAUUGAGAAAGAAUAACUAAUAAUAAAUUCUAUUUCAAUUUUAAUUUUAACUUUUUAAAUAAAUACUGUUUAGUCAUUUCAUCUUUUCAUUGGAUUUCGAAAUAAAUUACAUUGUGAAACAAAAUAAAAAUCUUCAUAUCUAUUUAAUACACUAAAACAGAGAAAAUAUAUAAUAAUCAUAAAUUAUGACUUUCUGUUAAAUACAAAACAAAAGUUAAUACUUUAAUAUAUAAAUUAACUGUAUAAGCUAUUCAAAUAAAAAUCUAGAUACAAAUUAUAAAAUCAAAUAUAAAUAAUAGUUUAUCAGCUGUUAAUAUGAAUUGAAUCAUCUAUAUAAUAUCUGAAGAUAUCAAAAUUAAUAUUUUAUAAACAUUAUUGAAAAUAUAUAUUUAAUUUUAAAUAUAUAAAGAUAAAGUAAGAAGUAGCAUCCUUAUUUUAAUUAUGAAGAGAAAAAAUUUAACAAGAGCUUCAAUAGAUAAAUGGUUUUAAUUUGCACAUUUUCAUCAAUUAGGUUGUAAAUAUUGCAUAUCAUAUUCUAACUACAACAAUUUUAUAACAAAAUAAAAUAAGACUCUAACAUAUACUUUUUUAAUUUCAUUUUAAUUACCGUUCUAAAUUCACGCCAAUUAAAAAAAGGUAAAAUGUUCGAUUUUGCCCUUAUUUAACAAUUAGAAUUCUAUUGCUUUAAUUUUUUUCUUAAUUUAUGUAGAGGUAAAGAAACAAAUUAAUGACAUAAAUUUCACUGAAACCCUAAAACGACAUUUAUUUUGUAAAAUAAUAAAUUGUUAUACAAUAUUAAGUCACUUAAUAUGAAAGGGAGGGAGUAUGAAAUACGUUCUCACCAACUUUAUUAUAUAAAUUUAUAGUAAGAUUACAUAAAACCUACUAUAUUAUUUUAUUGGGAUGAGAUCUCAUAUCAUGUGAUUGCUUUGUUUGCUUUCCGAAUUAUUUGUUUCCAACUAACAAAAUCUUAUGCCCAUUGACUAUUGUAAUUGUUAUUAUAUUUUCAUGUACAACUUAUGAUAUUAAUAGCUCCUAAGCAAAACUAUUAGUUUAAUGAUAGAAUUUUUUAAGUAGUUACUUUCCACUAAUAAUUAUAUAUAUGUUAAAAUACUAAAUGUAGGCAAUCAAAUCUAAGUCGUCUGUUUCCAAUAUCAGUUUUAAAUUGGAAGCUAAACUCAAAAACUCUACACUAUAAAAGACAAUACACCAAUAAAAACAAUAAAUUCAAGUAGAUUAAAAACAUAACCCAAAGUAUAAAUAAUAAGAGAUUAAAAUCACAUAAUGUGAGAAUAAAUGUUAUUGAUUAUAAAGUAGGCUAACAAAACAAACAUAAAUACCAAAAAUAAAAUAAAUCACACAAAUAAAUACCGUAUAGCAAAAAUUAUUUGUAUGAAAUUUGUUAUUUGAACUUAGAAACACUGAGUUUAUUAAAUUAGAUUUAUUUAUUAUAUCUGUAAGAAAUUAUGUUUUAACCGUAAGAAAUAUAUUAUAAAACAUAUAAACAAAUGACAAAUAAAAAACAAAAACCUGAUAUAAAGUAUACCAAACAAAAAUUAGAUGCUACAAAAUGUUUUACUAAAAUUCUAAGUAGGGCAAUAUCCUUUUUAGAUGUUAGUCUUUAUUGAAAUAUAUUUCAUAUAUAUAUAUAUAUAUAUAUAUAUAUAUAUAUAUAUAUAAGCUGAUUAACUUUAGAAAGAAAUUGAUUACAUUGUUUUUUCAGACAAGAAAUAUUUUCUAAGGAAUUAUAUUUGGUUUGAACUAAUAAAUUCUUAACAUAAGAAAGAAAAUAGGGGCCAAAAACAUAAAAAUAAAAAUAAACGUUACACGAAAAUUUAAAUAUAUUUAGCAAACAGAUACUUUAUCAAAAAACUAUUAUGUAACAUUUUAGUAAUUUUUCCAGAUAUACUUAAACAUAUAUAAUCAAUUACUAAUCAUUAAAAUUAUAACUAUUAAUUUUUUUCAUGGAUGAAAAUAUUGUAAAGCAUGAACAACAAAAUCAAACAAUAUAAUAAUGUUUUAAAAAAAUCAUAACAGAAAAUCUCAAGUUAUCAUGAUCUGUUUUAUUAUUUAUAAUGUUUUACAUAGAUUUAAUGUAAUAUAAUGUGAAAUAUUUUAAAAUAUCAAUUUUUAAAAGAAAAUGUAUAGAACACAAUCCGCGCGUAGCGCGGAUAAAAAAUCUAGUAAUUAAUAAAAUUCAAUUAAUUCCUCUUCUACGGCAAUUAUGAAGUCGGGUUUUCAAACUAACUAACAAAACGUAAAAGUAGUCAAGGAAAUUUUUUUGAACCAAAAUAAUACAUUGAAAUUCUUCAUUUAGUUCCACAAACACGAGAACUCUACAUUGUGAAUCCUACAACUGCAGCAUAUAUAUACAAAGAUCAUGUCUCAAUCAAACAUGGAGUCAGCACAGACAACUAACACACAACCUCACAAAUAAUAUUAACAAAGUACCAUAUCUAAUAUUACAUAAAUAAUACUAUAAUUAAUUAUACAUUUUAAUUCAAAUAAAUUUGAACAGUAAUCUAUGGUAAAAUGUAGUAAAUUUAUGAUCAAAACAAUGAAUUUUAAGAAAUUAAAAUUUAUAUUAUGAAAAUUAACUAGAAACAUUUUUGGUCAACUAAUCAGUUACAUUUAUUUCAAAAAUUAUAAUCGUUUAUAUAAGAAACAUGGUUUACUUGAUUUUCAAAUAUAGUAAAUAUAAAAAGUUAUAGCAAACAUGUAUAUUUUUUAUUUUCUUGGUCAAAUAUAUUAAUUAAAUAGUUAAUAUUACAUAAAUAAUUUUAUAAUUAAUUAUACAUUUUAAAUCAAACAAAAUUUCAACAAUGAUCUACUGUAACAACUAAAUUUAGUAUACACAUAAGAUAAUCCACUAAAGUAUAUAAAAUUUAACAAAAAAUCUGUGAAUUUAUUUACAAGUUUGUUUCUUUUCUAUUAACAAAAAAAAAAAAAAGAAGAAUUUUGAGGGUUUUUAUGGUCAU